UGGGUGUGUGGUUAGAUUUUGUUAAAGCAACAAUAUGCACAUACAUACUAAAUAUUCAAAGAUAUAUUUUAAUAAGAUUGAAUUCUUUCAGAAGACAAGAUGUUCGAGUGAUCUUUCAAUAGGAUGUUGCAUAUUAAAGCUCUUUCUUUCUUUUCGCAGGUGAUGCCUGUGCAUGCUCGAUGUCUUGACUCCCAGUAGGAAUUCGAAAAAAUAAAAAUAAAAAAAGGUUUGGAUCGCACAGCCUCACCAAGCGCGGAAAAUGUUUUUCUUUCUCGUUGCAUCCCUAAAAGCCCUUACGCUUUCACUCUCACACCGCCCUGACCCUCUUUUCCAUUGACUUGCUUGCAUGGAUUUACAGUUCUACCUCUCCCUUGAAGCCGCACGCAUAACCCUCUCCCUGCCCGAUGUUGUUCCACAUGCUAGGAAAGAUGAUGUCUACCAAGAGCUGUUGGUGUCUCCUCCCGAGCUCAGCUUCUCUGGCUUUGACUGCGAUGAGCAGGGCAGAUAUGCAUUUAAGCUCGACAGGCUGGUGGGGUCGAGCAGGCCGCUUAGUGAGGACGAAGAAUACAAAAUGAAAGCCACCCUUCGGCGCGUCUCAGACCCCUUGAGGUGCCAACACCUCUGGGACGCCAUCACCACCAUACGCAACCACAAGCAGCUGCCCUCAUUUGACAGAAUUCGAAGAUACAUGAGCCGCAUGCACAACAUGGAGUCAGAUGAAGUCGAGAAGCACCUGGAGGAGUGUGCAAGCGAUAACCUCAUUGCUGUGACACGCAAAGUGGGGCAAAAGGGCUCGAAGGUUGGCAUCGAACAGGAGGGCUUCCGGUUGCCAACGCCUCCGGAAGAGCCAGACCGCCACGACUGGUACUGCUUUGAGUGCCACUCGGGGGGGAUGGUUGUGUGCUGCUCCAAGUGUUACCGGGUCUUCCACGAGGAUUGCAUCAACGUAGAGGAUAAACCAUAUAAUAACGAGCCAUUUGUGUGUGUCAUCUGUAAGAAACGCUUAUAUCAGAGAAGUGUAAAGAGUCGGAUUAGCAGAGAAGAGUUAAACAUGCUCUUAGCUUUUACAGUAGGAAGACUCAAGGAGAGAAUGAUUCUCCCGACGCAGCUCCCAGUAAACAUCCUGGAGAGGGUGAUCCCGGCCCCAUCUCAGAAGCCUGGUGUGUUCCUGAGUGACCGCGCAGCCACCAGCCAGCACACUCUCACACGUUCAGAUCAGCUGAGUGGGGUGUCUGCCUCCGAGCCAUGGAGAGCGCAGUUGCUCCUCCACCACCAGAUGGACCUCAAUACCAUGGAGCAGAAGACCAUCGACUGCAGAUACAAGACCAUUUAUGAUUUUGAGAUUGACGCUUUAACCAUUGUACAUAAUGUAGUUAUCUAUCAAGGAGUCCACAGCAGUAUGGCAGACAUGGCACGGCAGAUGUUGCGUGACUGCCAGUACGACCUGGUGGAACUCGAGCAGUGCAAAGACUGCUACCGCAUGUCCAACGAAAAGUCUGACAAAUACUGGUUCUGUAAGCCAUGUAGACCGCCACACCAGCUUGUGUAUGCCAAGCAGAAAGGCUUUCCAUAUUGGCCAGCUAAGGUAAUUAAAGUAGAAAACGACCUUUAUGACGUUCGGUUCUUUGGUAGCCAGCAUCAGAGAGCCGUCAUCGAAAAAACACAUAUUCGUCCAAUAUCAGUUAACAUUCAUACUCUGCAGGUGAAAAGGACAUCAGCCUGGAACAAGGCAUGUGAGGAGCUCAAAAAACACCAGGAGUUACUCUCUUCCGUCGGCACUGAGCCAGACUUGCGCAACUCCCGAACCGACAACGACAAGAUGCUUACAGAUAACCUCAGACACCAAACGCAACUGCUGUCGACGCCGCCCAAGAAAGAAGUGAAGGAGGAAGAGGAUGGCAGCGGAAGUGACGAAGGCAUGAACGAAGCGGACGAGAAUGAUGAUGAAGAUGACGACGAAGAAGAGGAGGAGGAAGAUGAACGCGAAGGAGGUGAAGAAGAGGAGGUGGAAGAGGAGGAGGAGAGAGAGGAAGAGCAAGCCUCAUCGAUAUCGUCCACCUCGAGAGCCAAACGCUCCAAAAUGAGAAAGAAAGAACCUCCAGCGCCAGAAGAUGUAGUUUCAUCGUCCAGCCAGGAACUCCCCACGCGAUCAAUAGGGGUCCAGACGUCCAUGAGGUUAAUGAAGAUGGUUUUGGAAGAAUUUGGUGAGCGUAGCAACAAGAGAAGCAAAGACACAGAGAAAGCCAUGAGAGACCUGGCAGAGAAGCUCCGCCGAGAAUACGAGAGUGAGAAGCAGAAGGUGAUCCAGUCGACGAUGAAACAGAUGGAGAAGGAGAUGGAGAGAGUUAAGGAAGAGUACAGGAACAAGAUCUCUGACAUUGAAGACAAGCACAAGCACAUCAUCUCAGACACCAAGAAGAAACAGUGGUGCUGGACGUGCGAAGCCGAGGCAAUCUACCACUGUUGCUGGAACACGGCUUACUGUUCGAUUGAGUGCCAGCAGGUACAUUGGCACAAAGAACACAAAAAGCUUUGCCGCAGAAAGAGGUAAAAGAGGAACCAGUUUGAAAAUUCCUUCAGUGCAUACAAACAGAAAUCCAUUCAUCUUUUACAGCUCAAGCCUGAUGCGUGUAGAACAUGCCAAUACAUAUAGUGAAAAUUUGUAGUCUAGUGACUACUGUCUGUGGUACUGUAGAUGGUUACUGGAAGAUACAUGUAGUGGUGGAAUCAGGUUUUUGGUACAAAGCAAAAAGGAUUAUGGGUGUUAGUGUGUGUGUGUGUCUGUCUGUGUGUGUGUGUGUGUGUGUGUGUGUGUGCGAGAGAGAUGUACAUAUUCUUUCUCUUUCUUUCACCCAGACUGUUAUGUAAAAAAGAAGAAAAAAAAAUUGUGAAUUUGCUGUGCAUUAAGAUCCAAGUUACUCUCUCUCUUUCUCUCUCUCUCUCUCUCUCUCUCUCUCUCUCUCUCUCUCUCUCUCUCUCUCUCUCUCUCUCUCUCUCCAAAUUGGUGACAGUAUCUUAGUAGUAUACCCAGGUACAUUGAGUUCCACAAAGCCGUAUCUGUGAAAACAAUAUAUAUAUAUCCUUGUUAUGCCUGCACCAAAGGAUUUGUCCAAGAAGAGUCAUCUUGAGUUAAAGGAUGAACUUUCCUUUCUCUCUCUCUCUCUCUCUCUCUCUCUCUCUCUCUCUCUCUCUCUCUCUCUCUCUCUCACCUUGAAGCUUGAUAAUUUAAGUAAUGGUUUUAAUUAAUUUUUAAUUACAAUGAUACGUAUGGUGACGCUGGCAGUUGAGUCAUAAUACAAAAAUUUUGCUCACAGUAUACUUCAUCAUUGCCGAAUGAAUACAAGAAAUGAUCUCUAGAUACGUGUCACGUGGAAUGCACUUCUCAAAGUUUUGUAACGUAACCAUGUUAUUGUUUUAUUGUUAGAUUUUAGACAAAUUAUACCUCAUUUCAGCACCAGGACAGAAAAUGGCUGAUCAUUUUUUCUCUUCUUCUCUUCUCUUUUCUUUUCAUUUCUUUGUUUUUAAUAUAUGUAUAGGAAAGAGAAGGUAGUAAAAAAUAAUGUAACUUUUUUUUUUGUUCUCUCUCCCUGUCUUGUGUCUUACUCUCUCCUUCCCCCAGAUAAUUAUUUGACGUAGUUAUUGUGGUUCCUUUAUCAUAAAAAAUAUCAAUAUUUUUAUAUGUUUAUUUGCAAUAUAAUGAUUUGAAUAAUUAGAAGAUGAAGUAUCGUCAUAUGUUAGCAAAAUGCUGUAAGUACAGGUGAUUUUGUAAUAAAAGAAAUAUAUAUGUAAAAAAAAAAAUUAUCUAGGCUCUGAAUUAUGUACAAAUUGAUAGUUAUAUUUGUACAGCAUUAAAGUGUAUUUGACAUUUUGUAGAAGCUCUAGCGUUUUCUGGAAGAAUGUUUUGCUAUUUAAAACUGUUAUCCCGAAUCUCACACAAACAAAGAUAAAAUGACAAAACUAAACAAAACAGUAAUGACUUUGUCUAUUGUUUCCUUUCUUGGUAUAUAUAUUUUUUGUAGCCUUUGUAAUGUGUGUUUUCACAAAUUUAUUUUUGUUUUUUUGUUUUUUUUAAGAGAAUUCUUGCCAUGUAUGGACAUCUCUGUUGUUAUUAGUUAGGGAAAGAAAUUUGAUCACUUUGUUUCAUUUUAUUUUGUUUUUAUUAUUACCAUGAUUAUUGUUAAUAACACACAUGCAUACACAUACAUACAUGUGUGCAUGCACACACAAUAACAAACGCACACACAAACACCCAUAUG